GUGACAGGGAACAGAAAAGCUUGACUUCCCACUGACUCUCACAUUGGGAAUGGAUUCAUCGCUAAGAAAAAAAUUAAUGAUUUGAUCGCGAUCGACCAUCGCGAUUUCUGGAAUUCCAAGCGUCGAUUCAGUUCCACAGAGUGAGAUCGGCGAUGAAGUUAGCGACGGAGAACGAGAGAGAAAUGGAAUCCUCCGAUGAGGAAGAGGAGGAGGAGGAGGAAGAAGAAGAAGAAGUAUGGAGGAAACACUACUCAUCCAGACACAGAAUCUUACUCGUCGGAGAAGGCGAUUUCUCCUUCUCUCUGUGUUUGGCCAAUCGCUUCGGAUCCGCCCGCAACAUCGUAGCCACUUCCCUCGAUUCUCAGGAUGACCUAGAAAAGAAGUACAGCAACGCAAUUCGGAACGUGAGGGAGCUAGAAGAAAGGGGAUGUUUGGUAUUCUACGGGAUCGACGCCCGAAACAUGAGCCAACACUUCUUCCUCAGGACGCAGAGAUUCGAUCGCAUCGUCUACAACUUCCCUCACGUCGGAUUCCUUUUUCGCGAAGACAGUUUCUGCCAGAUCCAGUUAAACAAGGAAUUGGUGGAAGGGUUUCUGAGGAACGGUAAGGCUCUGUUGAAGAAAGGAGAUGGGGAGAUUCACGUGACGCACAAGGAAGGGGAACCGUACGACAAGUGGGAGCUGGUGGAGGAAGCCAUGAAAAUGGGGCUCAAGUUGCAGGAAGCGGUGCCGUUCCGGAGGGGUGAUUAUCCGGGAUAUCAGAACAAGAGAGCCGAUGGUGGUCAAUCGGAUGAGCCAUUUAGGCUUGGGGAUUGCAGCACUUACAAGUUUAAGCUCGAUGAAUCUCGCUAACAUGGUGAUGGCAAAGCAAAUGAAGGGAGCUUCUUCUUCUUCUUCUUCUUCUUCUUCUCUAUGCCGUAGACUUUGUUAUGAACUCUCUGAUUCUGUCAUUUGUCUCUGAGAAACUGAGUUUGGCAAUGGCGGAUGCAGUUUCAUUGUCGCUCUCAUGAAAUCAAUGGCAAAUUAGGCGAAAAUUAUCAGGUAUAUAGUAUUUUUA